AUGAAGAAAUAUUUUCCCACCAAGAAACAUCUUGUUUUCCCGUCAUACAAUGAAAGACGACUUUUGCGGCACUUCAGGCGCUCGAGCCUGCCCGGCCUAGUCCGAGUAAAGAGGGCUACUUUUGCAUCUGAAGAUGAUGGGGAACAUUAA